AUGGCUCAACCAAACAUGACUCCUUUCUCGAUGGUCAAUCAAGGCCAUAUUCCUGGAUCAGCUGAAACUUUCUCGAUGGAAUGGCAGAAAGGUGACUUUCAUCUCGUUUUCCGCGGAUGCAAUAACGGUACAACUCAAGAGCGACUGUUUAUCGCAACUGCCGAAGAAGAAGAACGCAAACUGGUGAUUGAGAACAAGAAGAGCGAAAAGGUUCGCCUUGAGGUUGUCGUUCCUGGAGGAGUGCGAUUGACGUCACAGGCAAACUUCGAAGUCAGCAAGGAAAAUCCCAUGGAACUUUCAUUCGUCGGAAACGUUGUGCACGGGGCGGAUACCCACAAGGUCACACUUCGCAUUUGGAAAGCUAACCAGCUUUCUACUACGGAGCCUGAGGAACUUCCCAUGAAGGUGUACGUGCUCAAACAAGGCGACAAGGAAAACGUUCCUCAA